AAUCCAUUUCAAAAGCGCAGCAAGGUGGUAAAUGCUGCACUUAUCGCGUUGUAUUGAAAUUUGAUUAAAAUUCCUUAGUUACAGAACUAAAAUCCGAAACUGAUUGUUGUUAACUAUUUAUAAUCACAACAUAUUAUACCUUUUAUUUGGACAGUGGAGAAAUCUGUGAGAAAAUGAAAUAAUAUAACCCGCCAUCGCCACGGCACAAGACUCGUCACAUUUGUAGUUUACUUAACAGUGUAGUGCAUUCGACUUAGAAUAAUGUCUAUUAAGAGACAAGCAACCACAGAUUUAAACCAUGAAAACUGGGAUCAAGAUGAUCCAUCAGAACAUGAAGAAAUGGGCACGUUUAAAAGUGCGUCCAAGGACGUUCUUGAAAAACGUGUGAUAAGAACAGCUAAGAGAAGAUCACAAGCUUCCGGCGAUCAGGCAAAUAAGAGUGUAUUUAGUGGUUUCAGCGGUUUCAAUAAAACACAACCAUCAUCCUUCGAUUUCCUGGCAAAUUUAACGAAUGGUAGUAAAACUACUAAUGGUACAACCACCAGUAAAGCUGAUACAGCAACAUCUUCAAGUCUUUUUUCUAGCAAACCAAAUUCUGGACUCUUCAGUACAUCUGAGUCAUCAUCAACACCUAAACCUACUUUUGGCAUUCCUACUACACAGACAUCUUUACCUGAAGGACAGUUAGGUGGGUCUAAACCUACCAUGCAGUCUCCAUUUGCUGUUUCUAAAUCAGAAUCAUCUACAACAGAUAGUCCUUUCAAAGUUCAAUCUUCACCAAUUGGAUCAGAUGCCAGUGUUAAAGAUACAAAAACUGAAAAUGCAACUUUUGGGACAACAUCUGUGUUUUCGAUGAACAAAGAUAAUACUUCGCCAUUUAAAAUGUCCAAUACUACUCCAAAACUUGAUUCCACUGGUACAAGCAAAGAGAAAAGCCUUGAUGACAAAAAUGAGGACAAGAAAUUAAAAUACUAUGCUAAAUUAAAAGGACUAAAUGUGUCCGUAUCAGACUGGAUUAAGAAACAUGUGGAAGAAACCCCUCUUUGUAUAUUAACACCCAUUUUUAAAGAUUAUGAAAAAUAUUUAAAGGAAAUUCAAGAUGAAUUUGAAGGUGCCGAAGACAAAUCCAACAAACCCAGUGAAAAUUUGACUUUAAACACAAAAUCUAACAAUGUUAGUGCUGCAGAAAAAACAAGUGACUCUGGGUCCUCUUUAUUCUCAAAUGCUAAUAAGAAGGCAAACAUUUUUGGUGUUCAACUUUCAGGAGAGAAGCCUUCUGGAUUUGCUUUUGGUAUCAACACCUCAACUAGCUCCAGUAAAACUACUUCUAGUGGAGGUUUUUCUUUUGGAAUAAAUAGUGCUCCACAAACAACUACAGCCACAAACUCAUCAACAUUCUCAUUAGAGACAAAACCAGGAGCAGCACCUGCUGCUUCUGCUCCAUUUUCCUUUGGGACUGGGAAACCAUUUAGUUUUAGUCCCAAUACAGUACAGAAGCCUGCAGAAGUAACAACUGAAGCUGGUGAUGAACAAGAUGAGCCUCCCAAAGUAGAGUUCACCCCUAUAGUGGAAGAGAACAGUGUCUUUGAUAAACGAUGCAAAAUAUUUGUUAAGAAAGAUGGUAAUUUUGCUGACAGGGGUGUGGGUACUCUAUAUAUAAAGAAAGUAGAAGAUAGUGGAAAACAUCAAUUGUUAGUGCGGGCAAAUACUAAUUUGGGCACCAUUUUGCUAAACAUAAUACUGUCUUCAAGUGUACCUACUCAGCGUCUAGGCAAGAACAAUGUAAUGCUGGUGUGCAUUCCAACCCCUGAUGCCAAGCCACCUCCAACUUCUGUUUUGAUAAGAGUGAAAACACCUGAAGAAGCUGAUGACUUACUAGAAACACUGAACAAAUAUAAAGCUUAAAGAAAGGCUGUAUGUAGGGCUUUCAAAAGUACCUUAGUCUAGAUAUUGUCCUAUAUUUGGUCUAGGGGCUCUAGGAACAGGUAGACAAUGUAUCAUUCUGUGUGUGUCAAUGUCAUUCUGUAGAGCAUUUUAUUACUGA